GCGGAGAGUCUGCUGGCCUCUCUCCGAAGCUCGUCUGGGCGGCGGCGGCUGCUGCAACUGGGGACAGGGCGGGUGGCGCAUCUUGGGCGCGGAGGCAGGAGAAGUCUCAUUGUUCAGGGAGCCGUCGCCUCUGCAGGUUCCUCGGCUCGGUCUGCCCGGCCCGUGUCAGCCCUUCCCAACCCCCACAACCGCCCGCGACUCCCGAGGAGAAGCGGCCCCGCGGCGGCAGUAGCUGCAGCAUCCUCUCCGAUCCGCCAGCCAUGGAAGACCUGGACCAGUCGCCUCUCGUCUCCUCGUCCGCGGACAGCCCGCCUCGGCCUCCGCCCGCCUUCCAGUAUCAGUUCGUGACAGAUCCCGAAUACGAGGAGGACGAGGAGGAAGAGGACGAGGAGGAGGAGGACGACGAGGACCUGGAGGAGCUGGAGGUGCUGGAGAGGAAGCCGGCAGUCGGGCUGUCCGCGGCCCCGGUGCCCCCCGCCGCCGCGGCUCCCGCCCCGCUGCUAGACUUCGGGAGCGACUCGGUGCCCCCCGCGCCCCGCGGGCCGCUGCCGGCCGCGCCCCCCGCUGCCCCCGAGCGACAGCCGUCCUGGGAGCGGAGCCCCGCGGCGCCCGCGCCAUCCCUGCCCGCCGCUGCCGCAGUCCUGCCCUCCCAGCUGCCCGAGGACGACGAGCCUCCCGCGCGGCCUCCGCCCCCGCCCCCAGCCGGCGCGAGCCCCCUGGCGGAACCCGCCGCGCCCCCUUCCACGCCGGCCGCGCCCAAGCGCAGGGGCUCGGGCUCAGUGGAUGAGACCCUUUUUGCUCUUCCUGCUGCAUCUGAGCCUGUGAUACCCUCCUCUGCAGAAAAAAGCAUGGAUUUGAAGGAGCAGCCAGGUGACACUGUUCCGCCUGCUCAAGAGGAUUUCCCAUCUGUCCCGCUUGAGACUGCUGCCUCUCUUCCUUCUCUGUCUCCUCUCUCAGCCAUUUCUUUUAAAGAGCGCGAGUACCUUGGUCAUGUAUCAGCGGUCCCAUCCGCAGGAGGAACCAUUGAAGAAACUUUCAAUGAAGCUUCUAAAGAGUUGCCAGUGAGGGCAACAAAUCCAUUUGUAGAUAGAGAUUUAACAGAGUUUUCAGAAUUAGAAUAUUCAGAAAUGGGAUCAUCAUUCGCAGCUUCUCCAAAAGCAGUGUCAACCAUGCUGGUAGAAAACACUAAGGAAGAAGUUACUGUGGGGAGGAAAGACAAAGAGGAUUUAGUUAGUGGUCGACAGGAGUCGCCUGUGACCCUCACUGAAGUGGUUAAAGAAGACAGAGUUAUGUCUCCGGAAAAGACAAAGGACAUUUUUAGUGCAAUGCAAGGGUCAGGGGUAGCACCAAUGAGGGAAGAGUAUGCAGACUUUAAGCCGUUUGAGCAGGCGUGGGAAGUGAAAGACACUGGUGAGGAGACUAGGGACCUGUUGGCUGCCGCAGCUUAUCUGGAGAGUAGAGUGCAUAAAAAGUGCUUCGAAGAUAACCUGGAGCAAAAAAGUCCUGGAAAAGAUAGUGAAAGUGGUCCUGAUGACGCCUCUCUCCCCGGCACCUCAGAGCCUGUGAGGGAUGGCUCCAGAGCGUACAUCACCUGUGCCUCUGAUAGCAGUGCAGCAAACAUUUUCCCUCUGCUAGAAGAUCAUACUUCAGAAAAUAAAACAGAUGAAAAGAAAAUAGAAGAAAGGAAGGCCCAAAUUAUCACAGAGAAGACUAGCCCCAAAACAUCAAACCCGUUCCUUGUAGCAGCACAGGACUCUGAGGCAGAUUAUGUCACAACAGAUAACUUAUCAAAGGUGACGGAGGCAGAAGUGGCAAACGUGCCGGAAGGUCUGACACCAGAUUUAGUUCAGGAAGCAUGUGAAAGUGAACUGAAUGAAGCCACGGGAACAAAGAUGGCUUAUGAAACGAAAAUGGACUUGGUCCAGACAUCAGAAGCUGUACAGGAAUCACUCUACCCCACAGCACAGCUUUGCCCAUCAUUUGAAGAAUCUGAAGCAACUCCUUCCCCAGUUUUGCCUGACAUUGUUAUGGAAGCACCCUUAAGCUCUCUCCUUCCAAAUGCUGCUGGUGCUCCUGUAGCGCAGCCCAGCGGAUCCCCGCCAGAAGCACCCCCAUCAGUUGGUUACGACAGCAUAAAGCCUGAGCCUGAAAAUCCCCCACCAUAUGAAGAAGCCAUGAAUGUAGCGCUGAAAGCUUCAGGAGUAAAGGAGGACAUUAAAGAGCCUGAAAGCAUUACUGCAGCUGCUCAGGAGACAGAAACUCCUUACAUAUCCAUUGCGUGUGAUUUAAUUAAAGAAACAAAGCUCUCCACUGAACCAAGUCCAGAUUUCUCUAAUUAUUCAGAAAUAGCGAAAUUUGAGAAAUUGGUGCCUGAGCACUCUGAGCUAGUGGAGGAUUCCUCACCUGAUUCUGAACCAGUUGACUUGUUUAGUGAUGAUUCAAUUCCCGAAGUUCCACAACCACAAGAGGAAGCCGUGAUGGUGAUGAAGGAGAGUCUCACUGACGCGUCCGAGACAGUAACACCACACACACCCAAGGACAGGUUCAGUGCUUCACCCCAGGAGGUAGGAAAGCCGUACUUGGAGGCUUUCCAGCCCAGUUUACAUAUUACAAGAGAUGCUGCAGCGAAUGCAGUUCCAACACUGACCAACAAGGAGAGGAUUCCUCUGCAGAUGGAAGAGCUCAAUACUGCGAUUUAUUCAAAUGAUGACUUGAUUACUUCUAAGGAAGACAAAAUAAAAGAAAGUGAAACAUUUUCAGAUUCAUCUCCAAUUGAGAUAAUAGAUGAAUUUCCCACGUUUGUCCGUUCUAAAGCCGAUUCUUCUCCUAAAUUAGCCAAGGAAUACUCUGGCCUAGAAGUAUCCGGCAGAAGUGAAAUUGCUCAUGUCCAGAGUGGGGCUGGGUCACCCCCUUGUUCAGAAUUGCCCCGUGACCUUUCUUUCAAGAAUAUGCAUCCUAAAGAUGAAGUCCAUGUUCCAGAAGCAUUCUCCAAAGAUAGGUCCAGUGUAUCUAGGGGAUCCUUAUUGUCUUCAGACGUUUCUGCUGUGGAACCACAGGCAGAAACGGGCAGCGUAGUUAAACCCAAAGUACUUAUGAAAGAAGCAGAGAAAAAGCUUCCUUCUGAUACGGAGAAAGAGGCCAGAUCACUGUCGGCUGUGUUUUCAUCAGAGCUGAGUAAAACUUCAGUUGUUGACCUCCUCUACUGGAGAGACAUUAAGAAGACUGGAGUGGUGUUUGGUGCCAGCUUAUUCCUACUGCUGUCCCUGACGGUGUUCAGCAUUGUGAGUGUAACGGCCUACAUUGCCUUGGCCCUGCUCUCUGUGACUAUCAGCUUUAGGAUAUAUAAGGGUGUGAUCCAAGCUAUCCAGAAAUCAGAUGAAGGCCACCCAUUCAGGGCGUAUUUGGAAUCUGAAGUUGCUGUUUCAGAGGAAUUGGUUCAGAAAUACAGUAAUUCUGCUCUUGGCCAUGUGAACAGCACAAUAAAAGAACUCAGACGCCUCUUCUUAGUCGAUGAUUUAGUCGAUUCCCUGAAGUUUGCAGUGUUGAUGUGGGUGUUUACUUAUGUUGGUGCCUUGUUCAAUGGUCUGACACUGCUGAUUUUAGCUCUGAUUUCGCUCUUCAGUAUUCCUGUUAUUUAUGAGCGGCACCAGGCACAGAUAGAUCAUUAUCUUGGACUUGCAAAUAAAAGUGUUAAAGAGGCCAUGGCCAAAAUCCAAGCAAAAAUCCCUGGAUUGAAGCGCAAAGCAGAAUGAAAGAGCCCCAAACAGUAGGAGUUCAUCUUUACGGGGACACUCAUUUGGUAGCGGGGGUGGGAGGGUCAGGGGUGAGCCCUUGGCGGCGGUGCAGCUUUCAGCUCUUUAUUUUUAGCAGUGCACUGUUUGAGGAAAAAUGGCCUGUCUUGACUUCCUGUGUUGAUCAUCUUAAGUAUUGUAAGCUGCUAUGUAUGGACUUAAGUUGUAAUCAGACUUGUUUUUCCUGUGUGAGCACUGGUGAAUAAAGUGAGCUGAGAAAGCGAUGUGUUUUACUGCAGGUAGUCUUGCUGUAUUUGGGAAAUUGCAAGAAGGUGAAGCUAAAAAAAAAACAAAAACUUUUCACAGUGUACUGUGUUUGGUUGAUGUAAAUUGAUGCAGAUUUUUCUGAAUGCAAUGUUUAGACGAGAUCAUACUACUAAAGCAGAAAUGGAAAUGCUGUUUUUAUGGUAUGUUCUAGGUGUAUUGUGAACUUACUGUUAUAUUGCCAAUAUAAGUAAAUAUAGACAUAAUCUAUAUAUAGUGUUUCACAAAGCUUAGAUCUCUACCUUCCAGCUGCCCCACAGUCGUCGGUCAUACGGUGUAGUCUCAAGCACGUAAACUAGGAAGAGAAUGUACUUCUGGGAGCACUACCCCCUGUUUUCAGGGCUCCAGCAUCAACGUCAUUGCAGAGACUUACUGUAUAGUUAAUUCUGUCACAGACUCUGUUUCUAUGGACUGAAUUUAAUGCUUCCAAAUGUUUGCAGUUAUCAAGCAUUGUUAUGCAAGAAAUCAUAAAAUGAAGACUUAGCCAUUGUGGUUUAAGCUGUACUGAAUUAUCUGUGGAAUGCAUUGUGAACUGUAAAAGCAAAGUAUCAAUAAAGCAUAUAGACUUAA